CUGCGCUGCGCUCCGCUCCGAGCCUGCCGGAGCAGCCUGUGCGCGGUCCCCGGGAGCCGCCGGAGCUGCGCCAUGGCAGCAGAGUGUGAGGGGGGCCCAGCUGCUCCUGGAGACCCCGAAGAGACCCAGCCCUGCGCAGUGGAGCAGGCCGUCCCUGGGGAAGGGGCCAGCCCCUGCCUCCCAGAGCAUGCUGAGGAGCCGGCUGAGACACAAGCAAUAAAGCGCUUCCUGAAAGAAGACUCGGAGGAGGCAGAGCUGGCCCAGUUCCUGAAGGAGUUCGCUUCAGGCGAGAGCUUUAGGAAAGUGGAGCUGGAGGAGGGCAAGAGGGCCCAUGGCCAGGGGCCCGUAGAUCCCGGCGUGUUCUCCAGCGUAGCCCAGCCCAUUGCCGAUGAGCUGCUAGACGAGAAGGAACUGAGGCCCUUCUCCCGGCCUCGGCCCCUGGACUUUCAGCAGCACAUCGCAGCUCCGGCACCACUGAGCCCCUCGCGGCCUAGGAGCCCAUGGGGCAAGCUUGAUCCAUACGACUCUUCUGAGGAUGAUAAGGAGUACGUGGGGUUUGCGACGCUCCCCAAUCAGGUCCAUCGGAAAUCGGUGAAGAAGGGGUUUGACUUCACGCUGAUGGUGGCAGGAGAGUCUGGCCUGGGGAAAUCCACCCUGGUGAACAGCCUCUUCCUCACUGACAUGUACAGGGAUCGCAAAUUCCUCAGUGCAGAAGAGCGCAUUACUCAGACGGUGGAGAUCACCAAACACGUGGUGGACAUUGAGGAGAAGGGGGUCAAACUGCGCCUGACCAUCGUGGACACCCCAGGAUUCGGCGACGCUGUGAACAACACGGAAUGCUGGAAACCUGUGGCUGAUUACAUAGAUCAGCAAUUUGAGCAAUAUUUCCGGGAUGAGAGCGGCCUGAACCGGAAGAACAUCCAGGACAACCGCGUGCACUGCUGCCUCUACUUCAUCUCACCCUUUGGACAUGGCCUUCGUCCCCUGGAUGUGGAAUUCAUGAGAGCUCUCCAUCAGCGGGUGAACAUUGUGCCCAUCCUGGCAAAAGCUGACACCCUGACGCCCUCAGAGGUGGAGCGCAAGAAAAGCAAGAUUCGAGAAGAAAUCGAACAUUACGGGAUCCGGAUCUACCAGUUCCCUGAGUGCGACUCUGAUGAAGAUGAGGAUUUCAAGCUGCAGGACCAGGCAUUGAAGGAGAGCAUCCCUUUCGCUGUGAUCGGCAGCAACACGGUUGUGGAGGCCAAAGGAAGGCGAGUCCGUGGGCGACUGUAUCCCUGGGGCAUCGUGGAAGUGGAGAACCCUGCGCACUGCGACUUUGUGAAGCUGCGCACCAUGCUGGUGAAGACCCACAUGCAGGACCUCAAGGAUGUGACACGAGAGACCCACUACGAGAACUACCGGGCGCAGUGCAUCCAAAGCAUGACCCGCAUGGUGGUGAAGGAGAGGAACCGCAACAAACUGACGCGGGAAAGCGGGACAGAUUUCCCCAUCCCAGCUAUCCCAGCAGUGCCGGACUCUGAAACAGAGAAACUCAUUCGGGAGAAGGACGAAGAGUUGCGGAGGAUGCAGGAGAUGCUGCAGAAGAUCCAGAGGCAGAUGAAGGACUCCCACUAGCCACCACAUUCCCCUCCAGCUCCCGCCCCACUCAGACCAGAAAUGUUUACAUCAAACCCCAGCCAUCAAAGCCAGCUCUGCUACUCGGUACCAACAGCGCACCUAGCACCUUAAGCUGAUGCGAUACGCCUUAUUAUGGACCCUUGCUGCGCUUUCCUCAGCGACCUACAGGAAAUAAAGGCUGACCCGCACCAGAGCUUCUGCAGCCACCCUCCCCAUGCCUCGGACUCAGCCUGCUUCCUUGGCAAGGCUCCUGCAAACCCAGCCUGGCCCGCCUACGGCUGCCGGCAACGCUUCCCCAUGGUCUGACUGAGUCAGGCCCAGCCACUGGGCUGCUUCCCGCGGGUUGAAUGUGUGCAGCUGCCUGUCUGUGUGCAGAGCCCCCCCUCUCCACACCGUGCCGGGUUUCACACAUUUUCCCCUCAAGGCUCCUGCACAGUUGGGCCCCAGACGUGGCUGAUUGGUGCAGUGCCGUGGCCAUGGCUGUGUGCCCAGACUGCUCCCCAGCAGUGUGAGGAGCCAGUGAAAUCAGCAUUUUGCAGCAGUUCCGGAGCAAAACUUGCAGUCCCCGAGGCAGCCGGUGGCCUGGCAGCUCAUAGAAUAGCAGGGUUGGAAGGGACCUCAGGAGAUCAUCUAGUCCAACCCCCUGCUCAAAGCAGGACCAAU